UCUUUUCAUAUAGUCUCUCUCUCCGUCAUUUGCCUCCUCAUCUAUUUCUCCAUCUACCUGGUGUAUAAUUUUUUCUAUUUAUGAGUGAGAGAAAAGAGGAAGGAGGGAAGAGUUUUGUUUUAAUUUUUGACCUCUCUUUCCUCCUCUCCACUCUUCCCUCCCUUUCACCAAACCAUAUCAUACCUGUCAGUCCCUCCUUGCCAUUCCAUUUCUAGCUGCUGCCAUCAGUCCAUUAUUCCCCAUCCUACGCCUCUUUCUGUCUCUAAACUCUGAUGUUAUAUGAACUUGGAUGAUUUUUCUUCAAAGACAACUAAAAAACUCCUCAUGAAUGACUCUUUUUUUCCCUUUUCCUUCUCUUUGGUCCCUCCACAACCAUUUUCUUUGCAUCACACUCUUGCGGGAUUCUUAAAUGUUACUCUAGAAAAGAGUUAAUUAGACUGAGGAAGAGGAGAGCGCAGCACAGGCCGGAAAACUGAUCAUCAUGACCGGCUAAGGCAAAGCGAAGGCAAGAAAGCCAAAGAAGAAGAAGGAAGGGAGGGAAGAAGAAGAGGAGUACGUACACACCCACUGCUGCUCAUCUCCACGGCAACUGCGUUCACACGCUCACAGACUUCUGGGAGGAGACCUUGGCGAGCUGCAUCACCAGCAUUGGAGGAAGGGGAAUGAGAGUCAGAUGGAAAGAGACGAAUGAAAGAGCUUCCCUUCAUCACUCACCAUCUAUCACCCUUUAGUUUCUUUUAUUGAGUUCACACAACCGCUGACAUUUUAAGUUGAUGGUCAACUUUUAAAGUCUUCUAAGAUCUUAGUCAAAAACACAUUUCAACCAGCUUAGAUCAGCAGGUUAAUCUUUUUUGGCCUCUAUAUAUGUAAAGACAUCGUUUCUCAGCGAUCAAGUGUCCUUUGUAUGUAUUAUUACGCUUUAAAAACAGUCAUCUCCACCCCUCCCACCUCAGCACUCUGAUAACACCCAGCAUCGUCCACCUCCACCCUCACUCAACCCAAGAUCGCUUACCCCUCGCCCUGCAAGACCCGACCUUAGUCUUCUGUGUGUGACUUCAUCUGUCUACCAUCCCUUCAUCCGAGGCUAUGAGAGGAGGAGUCGAAUCCCAGAUCACUCCAUCAUGCCAGUUCUGAAGAGCAGAGAGGACAUCCGGGCUGGCAAUGUUCAAGGGACGGCAUUUACACUCCUCCACAAUGCUUGUCAGCCUCCACCCUUUUCCCUCCCGUCUUCAGGACAAGCGCUUCGUCUCCCCUUCCUUGCCUCAUCAUCCUCCCCCUCCUCCCCCUCCUCCCCCUCCUCCUUCAGACCAGUCCUCUUAUCAUCUUUGUUCUCAGCCUCGGCUGACCCUGCCCUUCCUCUCCUUGUCCUUCUCCCUGCUCCUACUCUCAAUACUCCUUCUGCCCGUUUGCGAGUCUCGCAGGGGUGGAGGUCCAGGGACUGGGCCUGGAGGUGCUCCAGGAGGACAAGGUGGCCAGAGGGGAGGCGGCAGUCAGAGAGGCGUUGCCAUUCCUCCUCAGUACUCUCCUGCCUUGCCGGCUCUUCCCCCAAUCAAUCCCAAACUGAUCAACUCGCUCAGUAUAGCUGUCAUCCUGGUGGGCAACUCUAGUGAAGUAACCCUGGGGGUUGGACUUGAGAAAGAAGACUUCCUCCACAUCCCUUACCCUCCCAAAGUCGAGGUGGUCACAAUGAAUGAGACAGACCCCAAGAGUAUCAUCAAUCGGAUCUGCGCACAAAUGACGAGGAACUCUCUGCAAGGCGUAGUGUUCGGUGAUGACACAGACCAAGAGGCCAUCGCUCAGAUCCUGGACUUCAUCUCUGCCCAGACACACAUCCCCAUCCUGGGCAUAAGGGGAGGCUCCGCUAUGGUCAUGGCUGCCAAGGACGACAACUCCAUGUUUUUCCAGUUUGGUCCGUCCAUUGAGCAGCAGGCCUCCGUCAUGUUGAACAUCAUGGAGGAGUAUGACUGGUACAUCUUCUCCAUAGUCACUACGUACUACCCUGGCCACCAGGACUUUGUCAACAAGGUCCGCAGUACCAUCGAUAACAGCUUCGUGGGCUGGGAGCUAGAAGAAGUCUUCCUACUGGACAUGUCAGUGGACGAUGGAGACUCCAAGAUUCAGAACCAGCUAAAGAAAUUGCAAAGCCCUGUUAUUCUGCUCUACUGCACUAAAGAGGAGGCGACCACUAUCUUCGAGGUGGCCCAUUCUGUGGGCCUCACAGGUUAUGGCUUCACCUGGAUCGUGCCCUCGCUGGUGGCUGGAGAUGCAGACCACGUUCCCUCAGUCUUCCCUACAGGGCUUAUCUCUGUAUCAUAUGACGAAUGGGACUACAACAUCGAGGCCAGGGUACGUGAUGCAGUGGCUGUCAUUGCCACAGCGACCUCCACCAUGAUACUGGAUCGGGGGCCACACACCUUACUGAAGUCAAGCUGCCUCGGGACACCUGACAAAAAGAGUUCCAACACUGGCCACUCCAAGGAAAUACUAAAGUACCUCAUGAAUGUGACAUUUGAAGGCCGAAACCUGUCAUUCAGCGAAGAGGGUCACCAGAUGUUCCCCAAACUGGUCAUCAUUCUUCUAGACAAGGAUAGACAAUGGGACAGGGUUGGCAAGUGGGAGAGAGGCUCCCUGACGAUGAGGUACCAUGUGUGGCCUCGCUUUGAGCUGUAUUCUGCAGCGGAGGAGCAGGAGGACCACCUGUCCAUCGUAACUCUGGAGGAGGCGCCGUUUGUCAUUGUGGAGGACGUGGACCCGCUCAGUGGGACCUGCAUGAGGAACACUGUGCCGUGCCGCAAACAGCUCAAACUCACCAAUCAGACGGGUGAUUCAGGGAUUUACAUCAAACGCUGCUGCAAAGGUUUCUGUAUUGACAUCCUGAAGAAGAUUGCCAAGACAGUCAAGUUCACUUAUGACCUCUACCUGGUCACCAACGGCAAACAUGGCAAGAAGGUGAAUGGGACAUGGAACGGCAUGGUCGGGGAGGUGGUGUUGAAGAAUGCCCACAUGGCAGUGGGUUCACUCACCAUCAACGAGGAGAGGUCAGAGGUCAUUGACUUCUCUGUGCCCUUCAUUGAGACGGGCAUCAGUGUCAUGGUCUCCCGUAGCAACGGCACCGUGUCCCCCUCCGCCUUUCUUGAGCCCUUCAGUGCUGAUGUCUGGGUGAUGAUGUUUGUGAUGUUGCUGAUGGUGUCGGCCGUGGCUGUGUUUGUGUUUGAGUACUUCAGCCCGGUGGGUUACAAUCGCUGCCUGGCAGAUGGGCGAGAGCCCGGCGGUCCCUCCUUCACCAUCGGUAAGGCCGUCUGGCUGCUUUGGGGUCUGGUUUUCAACAACUCUGUCCCCGUGCAGAAUCCCAAAGGUACCACCAGUAAGAUCAUGGUGUCAGUGUGGGCCUUCUUCGCUGUCAUCUUCCUGGCCUCCUACACUGCCAACCUGGCUGCCUUCAUGAUCCAGGAGGAGUAUGUCGACCAGGUGUCGGGCCUGUCAGAUAAAAAGUUCCAGAAGCCAAACGAAUUCUCGCCACCAUUCCGGUUCGGCACGGUGCCCAAUGGGAGUACAGAGCGCAACAUCCGCAACAACUACCGGGACAUGCAUGCUUACAUGACCAGCUUCCACCAGAAGAAUGUAGAUGAAGCGCUGUACAGUCUGAAGACCGGCAAACUGGAUGCCUUCAUCUACGACGCUGCAGUGCUGAACUACAUGGCGGGCAGAGACGAGGGCUGUAAACUGGUCACCAUCGGGAGCGGCAAGGUUUUCGCCUCCACCGGCUACGGCAUCGCCAUCCAGAAAGACUCCGGCUGGAAACGAGCUGUGGAUCUGGCCAUCCUCAUGCUGUUUGGAGACGGUGAGAUGGAGGAGCUGGAGGCCCUGUGGCUGACGGGCAUCUGCCACAAUGAGAAGAACGAGGUGAUGAGCAGCCAGCUGGACGUGGACAACAUGGCGGGGGUCUUCUACAUGCUCGGGGCCGCCAUGGUUCUGUCAUUAAUCACCUUCAUCUGUGAACAUUGGUUCUACUGGCAGCUGCGCUUCUGCUUCAUGGGCGUGUGCUCGGGACAGCCCGGGGCCACCUUCUCCAUUAGCAGAGGUAUCUACAGCUGCAUCCAUGGGGUACAAAUUGAGGAAAACAAGUCAACUAUAGACUCACCCUCGGCCACCAUGAAGAAGAACAUGAACUACACCCACUCCAACAUCCUGCGGUUGCUCCGCACAGCCAAGGACAUGACCGCCGUCCCGGGCGUUAACGGCUCUCCGCAUGCUGCCCUGGAGUAUAGCCACAGCGGCCGUGACUCGGCUAUCUAUGAUAUCCAGGAGCACCGGCGCAGCUUGGUGGGUCACCCUGUCGACUGCAAGUCAGCGCCGCCCUACCUGCCAGAGGACAACAUGUUCAGUGACUACAUCAGCGAGGUGGAGAGGACUUUUGGCAACUUGCCCCUGAAGGACAGCAACCUGUACCAGGACCAUUACCUGCACCACCACCCGGCCUCGGCUCUGGGUAUGUCCGGCCCCCCUCCGAAUAGGCCGCGUAGCUUAGGCAGCGCUAGCUCGUUGGAGGGGGGCAUGUUCGAUUGCGACAGUUUGGGGGGAGGGGUAGCGCCCAUCUUCACCACCCAGCCCCGCCCCUCCAUGACUCACAGGAAUACCAAUAAGUUUGACCUGAUUGCUGGCCACACCCCUGCGGAUUCCAACCAGGGUGGGUUCAAGGGAAGCAAUGUGUACGGCAGGUUUUCUUUCAAAGGAGGCGCCUCCAGCACGGGGCUCAUCGGGGGUCAUGACAGGUACUGUGGUGGGGGUGGGGCAGGCUCAGGGGGGGACGAUGGGAACAUUCGCUCUGAUGUUUCGGAUAUCUCCACUCACACUGUCACCUACGGCAACCUGGAGGGCAACAACAAGCGGCGUAAGCAGUACAGGGACAGCCUGAAAAAGAGGCCAGCUUCGGCCAAGUGCAGACGGGAACAAGACGAGAUAGAGCUGAGCGGCCUCAGGAGAAGAGCCCACCACCACACCGUCCACCACCACUUCCCCCACGGGCCCCUGGCACACCGCACGGUCUCACCUCCCCUGGAGCGGAAGAGGGGAGGAGGAGGGGGUAAUUCUUCACCUUACUUAUUCCGCAAAGAUAAAGAGAAUCUGAGGGAUUUCUAUGCGGACCAGUUCCGCUCCAAGGAGGGCAAGGCCAAGUGGGAGCAAGAGGGUGGAAGUGGAGGAAGCGGUGUAGGCGGUGGUAGCGGUGGUGGUAUCUGUAAAAGCUUAGUACCUGUAGAAGACUUCCUCAAAGGUAAAGGCAAGAAGCCGGAGUGUAAAGGUGGGCUUGGCUCAGUGUCGGCAGGACAGCAGGCCCACACCUGCUGGGAGAAGGGGGUUUCUGGGCUAGGAGGGGGAGGCAUAGCAGGGGGUGAUUGGGAGUGUCGUAACUGUCACAAUGUGUGUCACCACGGUGGAGGCGUAGGAGGAGGCGGCACGUGCCAGGCUAGCGGGGUUGGGGGAACCACCAGUCGCCCCAGCUCUGCUAGCUGCAAGCGCUGUGACUCCUGUAAGAUGCAGCCAAGUAACCUGUACAACAUCAGCGAGGAUAAUAACAUGGUGUUUGCUGGAGUGAAGAGUAGCGUAGGACCCAGCCAACCACAAACUCAGGCACAGCGCAGGAAGCUAGGGCCGGGUGGGAGGGUGUUAAGGAGGCAACACUCAUAUGACACAUUUGUGGACCUGCAGAGGGAGGGAGCAGGCCGCAUGGGAGGGAUUGGAGGGGGUGUUGGGGGGCAGUUUGCCCAACCCCGGAGUGUGAGCUUGAAAGACAAAGAUCGCUUCAUGGAGGGCCCCAGCCCCUACGCUCACAUGUUUGAGAGGUAUUCAAGUGACAGGGAGCCCUCCAUGUUUGGAGGAAUAGGCGGGGAUAGGGCAAAAGGAGGCUCCUCCUUCAGUUUGUUCCGAGGAGGCGAAGGUGGGUUGCAUCAGCGGUCGGUGGGGGAGAGAGACCUGAGGGACAGAGAUAGAGCUAUGAUGGGAGGUGGGGGCUGUGGUGGUGGUGGUGGUAGUGGUGGUAGCAGAGGGGCCGGGACUUACUCCUUGUCUAAAUCUCUCUACCCAGAUAAGGUGAACCAGAACCCCUUCAUCCCAACCUUCGGCGACGACCAGUGUCUUUUACACGGCGCCAAACCGUACUACAUCAAAAAGCCACAGACGCAGCAACAGCAGCAGCAGCAGCAACUUCUCAACAACAGCCGAGGAGGAGGGGACUUCCGCGGCUCCAUCGGAGCGACUUCCUAUUUGCCCGCAUCAGCCACAGCUGGGGUGAUGUCCACUGUGGCCCCCAGGUUCCCCAAAGAGCUGUGUCUGGGCGGGGUGGGAGGGCCCAUGGGCAACCACCACGGGGCCAACAAGCUACUGCCUGGGGGCAGAGACACAUUAGGUUUGGGGCAGGGACAGAGACCCUUCAACGGUGCCAGCAAUGGACACGUUUAUGAAAAGCUCUCCAGCAUUGAGUCAGACGUCUGAGGGUGAAGACGGGGUAAGAAAGAGAGGGAGAAGAUGAAGUGGGUGAAGAAAAGAGGGAGGGAAACAUACAGAUGCUGAUGACCUCUCUGUGUGAAGAGAAUGAGGAGACACAAUACUGUGUGUGUUGUUCUCACUCCACUCAAUGGGAAGAAUUUGGACGAUGCGCAGAGGCCACUGCAGGCUAAGUUGUGAAAUCCGGCGGGAGACAAGUUUUUAAUGAGAAGAGAAGAUUCUGGUGCUGCUCCAACGCUCAGAGAAAG